AUUUUGAUCGCCUUUUUGAAAUAACCAUUGAUUCAUAGUCGUGCAAUUGAUUCAGUCUCCACCAUGGAUGUAUUCUAUGUCUAUACCUAUUCCACGGCGGGAUGGCUCUCGCUACAGAGUGUGUCCUUGAUCACAGUCCCGCAGAUCAUGACGACUCUGCUACUGGACGAGACAAGAUCGGCUUCUGAAAUGGAGAUAUACUUCGCACGCUGCCUUGGUUUUAGCUUACUCACCAUCGCCAUCCUAACGGCCAUGCUAACGGGAACCAUCCCCUUGAACUCCAUGGUGUCAGAACCAGUCACGACGGAGGACAACGACUCCAAGGCACCGUAUGCCAUCCCCACCUUGAUCGUAACAUCCCUUUUCCAAGGAAUUUCGGCGUUCUACGCCUAUACGCGGUACCUGUCCUCGGAUCAAACCGCCUUUGCUAUAGGAAUGAUCGGAUACUCGGUGGUGGCUGCAAUUGGGCUUUGGUGUGUGCUCUUCGCCAGUAGUAAUGGGAAAAUUAGUCGGAAGACGGGCGCAGACAAGAGAACGACUGGAUUUCCUUUCAAGAACACAGAGGCGGCAAAGAAGCAUGCUUGGAAGAAAAGGUCAUGAGCCCUUUCGAGGAGGGGGCGUUGUGCCUGGGCAAUUCUAUGGGUGAUCGGGGUGCAGAAUGAGCUCAUUUCAUGAAUAAGCACUCUGGAUCCUAUUCCUGAGUCAUGGAGGUCCAAGCCAGCAACCAACGGAUAAUCAAGCCUGGGCGCUUAUCGGGUGGCUGAAAAAUCGCUGCUAGUGUGUACUCCAUUUGCAUGAAUUAAAUUAAUAGCCAAUGACGUUGUCGAACACACGUUGCCUGGUUGGAUGCGGCGCUCAGGCCGAAUUGAAGCCAGAGGGGAUAUAGCCCUGAUUCUUGGUCAUUCGAAUUCCGAGGUUUUCCCUCUUCUUCUAAAUCCGAGACAACGCCCAGGACCACGAUGGGGGAAAGAGAUUAAAACUGAGAUUAAAGAUUAAUGACUGCCAACGGAACCCCGAUGGAACAAGAGAUGCCAAGAAUUUAGCUGCCU